GUGAGACUCAGUCAGUCACCGUAGAUAAGUAGCGCAAGCAGAAUCGUACUGUAGCUUGCAUUGUGCGCAGCGACGCCUACCUUGAGACAGAGAAGAGAAGAGAAGCCCGUGACACAAUGGCUAACUACAUCCAUGUUCCCGCAGGAGUCCCCGUUGUACCUAAGCUUAACAUCAAUGUAGAUGAGCAAGACUGCAACGAAGGAGCCCUCAAGCUUAUCAAGCAGCUCAGACCGACAUGGGAUCUUAAUGCCGUAAAAAUGAAGAUGUUUACAGAUGGUAUCACUAACAAGCUUAUUGGUUGCUAUGUGGAUGAGACAAUGGAAGAUGUAGUUCUAGUGAGGAUCUACGGCAAUAUGACAGAACUGUUUGUGGAUCGGGAUAACGAGCUGAAAAGUUUCCGUGUCCUUCAUGCUCAUGGAUGUGCACCUAAUCUUUACUGCACCUUCAACAAUGGCCUUUGUUAUGAGUUCAUUCAAGGCACAGCACUUGACCCUGAACAUGUCAGUCACCCAAAACUUUUCAGGAUUAUUGCCCAGCAACUGGCUAAAUUUCACUCUAUUCAUGCCCAUAAUGGAUGGGUGCCAAAAUCAAACUUGUGGUUAAAGAUGAAAAAGUACUUUUCCCUUGUUCCAAAUGAAUUUGAAAACAAAGUAAACGAAAGAUUUAUUGAAGGUGUCCCCAGCUUUCAACAACUGCAACAGGAGAUGAACUGGAUGAAAAAACGGUUGUCUAGUUUGGGAUCCCCUGUGGUUCUUUGCCAUAAUGAUCUUUUGUGUAAGAAUAUAAUCUUCAAUGAUAAAGAAGGUCAUUUAAAAUUUAUUGACUAUGAGUAUGCAGGCUACAACUACCAGGCAUAUGAUAUUGGGAAUCAUUUUAAUGAAUUUGCAGGUCUUAAUGAAGUAGACUAUGCUCAGUAUCCAAACAGGGAGUUUCAGAUACAGUGGCUAAGAGCAUAUCUGGAAGCCUAUAAAGAAUUUAAAGGUCAAGGUUCAGAGGUUUCUGACAAUGAAGUUGAAGUACUCUAUGUUCAAGUAAACCAAUUUGCUCUUGCUUCUCAUUUUUUCUGGGGACUGUGGGCUUUAAUCCAAACUAAAUACUCAACAAUUGACUUUGAUUACCUUGGGUAUGCAGUGGUUCGUUUCACUCAGUACUUCAAAAUGAAACCUGAAGUUACAGCUCUAAGCCUCCCUUAAAGAAUUCUCUGAGUUCUUCUAAACUUUAGUAUAAAGGAUGAUCAUCACUAAAUUCCAAAAUAAUCAUGGUGUUAGUUCAAUUUGGCUGCAGUUUUGCCAAACAAGUACAUGAUGAUUUUAACUUUUUUUCAUUUUAAGACAUUGCAAGUCCUCUAUUUAAGGAAAACCCUUUACUGUAUGUUCAGGUUGUGUAUGGUAAAGAAAAAAAAUCCAGAGGCAUUGUUUCACUUAUGUUUUUAACACUAUGUAAUAUACCAUUGAGCCCAGUUGAUAUCUGGACAUUGAUUCCAUGUAGACAUUUUACCACAAAAUUGCAGUGCUGCAUCAGAGAAUACCAAAAUCCUGUUGACAUUCAGAAAAAAAUACACUGUAUAUUUAAAUAUUGUAGUUAUUUUGAGUGUGACAGAUCGGACACCUCAGCUGUCUUGAAUGGGUGAAGAGGUCCAAAAACUGGAUUUUGAAUUAUAUCCCUAUAAUGUGUUUUUAAUGGUCUGUAUAUCUUGAAUUGCCUACUGUUUUAACUGAUUGCCUACAAAACUUGUCUUGUGAAAUUCUUUGCCAGGAAAACUUUUAGUCCCACAGUGGGGGAAAAAAAUACAGGUUUCUUUUCUGUUAGUAAUGAUGCAUAUCUGGAGAGUAUAUGGUAGUUUGGAGAAUAGGUUGUUCAAAACCCGUCAAACCUGGAGAGUCUGUAAAUAUAUUGUACAGCUACUACAAAAAGUACAAACCUUGGGAGUUUACAUAUGUGAACACAUUCAUCUGUUAUAUGGCACAUUUAAAUGUAAGUAUUUUGUUUAUAGUUGAAUGAAAUAAGCAAACCGCUUAACACAGGUAGUCAUGUAAAAUUUUAAUGUGAAUUUAAAGUUUUUUGGUUUUUUUUAAUAUUUGGGUUUAAUGUAUGUAUAUACCAACAACAAGUUAGCCACUUGGAAGACAGAGAAAAUGCAUAUUUAAUAAAUCUAGCCACUGUGUACAAAACAUUAAAUCUUCAAUGCCUUAAUGUACAAAAUUGUUGCAGAUUGCAGACAGUGCUUUUUUCUAAUUCACAUACAGGCUGAUUCAAAUCAGUGGCUAAUACAGUACCUGAUAGUUUCUCAAAAAGUUUGCAUAUGUAAUUGUUUCACAUAACAGUGCAACUUUGCUAAUGUGAAGUAGGCUUGAAAAAUUUAAAACAAGAAUUUCAUUUUUUAUAUUGCAUUAGAGUUGAUAAUUAAUAUGAUUUUGCAAAAAUUAAUGCAAUUAAUCAGAUUAAACAAUUCAAAAGAUACAUUCUUGAACCAUUUAAUUUUUACAGACAUUUGAUCUGUGCUGUUUUGCUAUAAUUUUUUCUGCAGUGCAUUAUCAAAUACACCAGAAUCAUUUGUGCUUAUAGCAUGUUAUAUUAAUAGUACCAAUAUUCUUCAAAUGUUUUAAGGACCUCUUACCAGAAAAGUACAUGUUAAUCCUUUAAAGCAAAAUGCAAUUUCAGUACUUGUGUUUAACCAUUCUACUAUAUUGAUGAAAGGAUGGAAUGGUAAAAUCCAUGUUGCUGUUUCAGGAUAUUUUCUCAUUACUUGAUUAUUUAUCCAUAUUAAGUUUGAAUUCCAGUGUUGGAUCUUAGCUUUCAAACUUAGUAUUGUGCAUUAAUUACUCUCAAGCACAUACUGUGAAGACUUCCAGCAAUCAUUGAAUGGAAAUCAUAAUGUUAUUGAAUAUUUUUGGUAACUGGCAAUGUUCAUUUGUUUCACUGUAGUACAGUCUAUAGUGGCACAUGUUUGCUUUUGUAAAGCAGUGCUCCAUGUGAAAAUUUUGUCUGACAAUUUGUAGAUUAUAUGUAAAUAUAAUUAAUAAAUGAAAAUGUAUAAAUUGAGCUUUGUAUCAUAUAUGCAAAUGUAUACAUUUACUAAAAUAGUUUAAAUCCAGAUAUAAUGAGUACUUUUAGCUGGGGAAAACAAAAUGAUUGCACAGAUUCUCCUUCAAAAUUUUGUUUUCUUUUUGCCUUUUAUAUCAUUAAUUUUUCUAGAUAGAGCUUGUAACAUUUAUACCAUGUGUACAUUUUUUAAAUAUUUAGAAUGUUUUUCUUCUAAAUACCAAAAAAAUUGCUAAUUCCUUUUUUGAAAUGUUGUGCGUGUAUAAAUUUGCAUAGAUUAUUUUAUUUAAUAUAAUUUAUAUUAAAAUUUGAUGAAUAAUAUGUGUCACAGGAAAGCACCUCAGCUGCCUGUGCCAAUAUUGCCCUUGUGGCCAGGGUUACAAAUUCUAGGCAUCAUUGCCCAUUUUUGUAAUUAAACCCUAAGAAAGGUUAACAGGAAUCAAUGCAAAUAUAAAAACAGUCUUUUGGGAUCACGAAGAUACCAUCAUCUCAGAUUCACUUAAGUUUAUUUCCUCUGUAUGAAUAGUAUAUCAUUUAUAUGGUAAUGUUAAGUCAAUCCUGUUUUCUUUCUAAUGUAUCAUUUGUUUGAAGAAGAAUUAUGUAAUACAAUUGACUAAUCUGGGAUUUGGAGAAACAAGUUUAGAUAAUGUUUUGCUUAGGCUGGUAUUGCACACACCUGUAUACUGUACUUGCAAAGUAGUAAGCCACUGGCUUGUGUUUAGUGAUAUCUUGCAUAAACAUAAUUACUGCAUUAAAGAUAAAUAAAAUAAAUAUAUUUAGCAUUUCUAA